ACCAUGUCGGACAACUCCACGGAUUUUAACACCAGCGCGUCGCCGGCGGUGGCUGGCACGCACUACAAUUUCCCGGCGCUCGUUUUCGGGAUCCUGCUGAUCGUCGUCGUCAUUGGUGGAAACGUACUCGUGUGCCUCAGUGUGUACUUGGAAAAGGCGCUGAAAACCACCACGAACUACUUCAUCGUGAGCCUGGCGUUCGCGGACCUGCUGCUGGCGGUGUUGGUGCUGCCGCUCUUCGUUUACGCAGAGUUUCAGGGGGGAGUCUGGUCUUUGAACACGGUCAUGUGCGACGGCCUGAUGACCAUGGAUGUGAUGCUGUGCACAGCAUCCAUAUUCAACCUGUGCGCCAUCAGCGUGGACAGGUUCAUUGCUGUGUCCAUACCUUUGAACUACAACCGCAGACACGUGGACCACCGUCAGCUCAUCCUGCUGUCGGCCACCUGGCUGCUGGCGCUCGGCGUGGCCUCGCCCGUCAUCUUCGGCAUCAACAGCGUCCCGGACCGCGAUCCCACCAGGUGCCAGCUGGAGGACAACAACUACGUGGUUUACUCCUCCGUCUGCUCCUUCUUCAUCCCCUGCCCCAUUAUGGUGUUGCUCUAUUUUGGGGUUUUCCGUGGUUUGCAGCGCUGGGAGGAGACUCGUAAGGCCAAGCUGCGCAGCAGCAUCGAGGCCUGCAGGAAGCUGCAGCACGCCGCCGUCGCGACCGCCCUCCCCCCGCUGACGGGCACCAUCCCCGGGCCUCUGCCCAUGCCUCUGCCCAGGAUCAUCGAGAGGGACCUGGCCCAGUCUCGGCUGGACGACACGGGCGACUACAUGCAGCAGGAGAUCCCUUAUCCCCGGCAGUACCGGGAGAACUCGGUGCCCACGGUGACGUUCAGUCAGCAGCAGCACAUGAAGAAGAGAGCCAAGAUCAACAGCAGGGAGAGGAAAGCUAUGAGGGUGCUGCCCGUCGUGGUGGGUUGUUUCUUGUUCUGCUGGACUCCGUUUUUCGUGGCGCACACAACGCGGGCCGUGUGCGUGACCUGCGACGUGCCGCCACACCUGAUGAGCACCGUCACCUGGCUGGGCUACGUCAACAGCGCCCUCAACCCCAUAAUCUACACCAUCUUCAACACCGAGUUCAAGAAGUUCUUCAAGAAGUGUUUGCGCAGCUGCUGCUGACGCCAGAUUUCCCGCCACUGACUUUGCAUCGUAGUGAAAUAAAUGAAGGUCAGAGGAGAAGUGAGAAACGUUUCUGAAUGGAUUCAGUGGAGAAAACUCCUCAGCCUGAGGCUUCAAGUCCGUCCUGUGAAGUGUGAAUGAGGCGAAUAUGGUCGACCGUACAGAGCUGACUCUGCUUUAAAAAAACGCCUUCGUUCCUCAAACCGGACCAUCUGAUGAUACCACUUUUGGAUUUGUGAUGGA